AAAACCCAAGUGGAGAGGCACAGUCGUCUUUCGGCUUCCAAGCGGAUCGGACUUCUUUUCGCGUUCCUCUUCUGCGGAAAUUAUUUUUUUUAGUUUAUUUGUUUAGUGAAAAGUGAAAGUUGAAAAUGCACGGAGCUGCCAGGAGGAGCAGACUCCUCGUUCAUUCAAUCCUGAUAUUAGCCUACAUUCUGGACGUGUCCCCUGGUGCAGAUGGCUUUGUUAAUUCACCAAAAAUAAUCAGCAAAGAUGGCAAUCUUAUUUUCGAGUCUGGGGCCAAUCGAAACAUCAGUUUUCGGCUGAGCGGAAGCUCAAGGCUCAUCGUCAAUGAGGACUUGGACGUCCUGGAACUGCUGCAAGCCACCGGUGGCGCCAAGAAGCGAUCUUCGGCCGGCGCCGGCAAGAACGAGGAGUGGAAUGCCGGCGAGGAUGUGGAUCUACGGGAGCUUGCCGAUCAGUUGGCCGAUUUCAAUAGAAGGGCCUUUGGGCCCAAUGGCCUGGACACAAUUCUGCGCCAGCAGCAGAACAGAUCCCGGGGCUCCUUGGCGCUGAUGCGACGCUACCAGACACGGCUGCGGAUGGCGGAGACUAAACUGGACCGGCUGAAGUCACAUUUAGAGACAGACAGCUGCGCCAGUGGACCUUGCAGCAACGGAGCCACCUGCUCCAACACAUACAAUGGCUUCCGGUGCCAGUGCCGGUCUGGAUUUGAGGGACCGAGGUGCGAGCUGGACGUGAAUGAGUGCUUCCUGUACGAGGGCACGGAUCUGGGCUGCCAGAACGGAGGUCUCUGUCAGAACAACGUGGGCUCCUUCAGCUGCACCUGCCUGCCCGGCUGGCACGGGCUGCACUGCACCCAGCGAAAGGGGGACUGCUCCCUGGCCAGUUCCUGGGAGCUGUGUGGGCAUGGAACCUGCGUACCCAGCGCCGACGACACGGGCUAUCGGUGCCUGUGCGAAGCCGGCUGGAAGACCAACGGACUGACCCCCGUGUGCGGGGAGGACGUUGAUGAGUGCCACGAGUCGGCCGCCCACACACCCUGCUCCACCAAGUGCAUCAACCUGCCGGGCAGCUUCACCUGCGCCCCUUGCCCCGCCGGCCAGACGGGGAACGGCGUGAGCUGCCAGGACAUGGAUGAGUGCAAGACCAAUAACGGCGGCUGCAGCCAGAGCCCCUUGGUGGACUGCAUCAACACGUUCGGGUCGUACCACUGCGGCGACUGUCCGAUUGGCUGGACCGGCGAUGGCCGGACGUGCGAACGCAGUGCUCCGGCUCCGGUUCCUGCUUCCGGAUCCAGCUCGGAGCUUUCCACCAUAAGCAGCUGUGCCCAGCGAAGGAGCCAGUGCCAUCCGGCGGCCAACUGCUUCGAGAUCUCCGGCACGGCGGUGUGCAGUUGUCCAACUGGAAUGGUGGGUACCGGAUACGGUCUCACCGGCUGCGUUAACGGAACUGCCAAAAACUGCGGCGCCACGAAUCCCUGUCUGAACAACGGUAUCUGUCUCGAUGUGGGUCCCUCGAACUUCACCUGUGUUUGCGGACGUGGCUUCCGGCCGCCCCUCUGUGAGCCCCUGCCAAGCCCAUGCAGUGCCAAUCCCUGCCAAAACGGCGGACGCUGUCGGGCCACCCAAGGAGCCGAUGGCUUUGUAUGUCAGUGUCUGCCCGGCUACAGGGACCGGCUCUGCUCGACGAGAUUUAGCAGCUGCAAUUCCCUGCUGAGUGCGGCCAGCGGACGGCUGAGGUAUCCGCCAGAGAACGCCGGCUACGAGCACAACGCUCAGUGCGCCUGGGUGAUCCGGACCAACGAGUCCCUAGUUCUCAACGUUACCUUCCACUCCUUCGACGUGGAGGAUUCAACGGAGUGUCGCUUCGACUGGCUUCAGGUGAAUGACGGUCGCUCGGCGGCGUCUCACAUAAUCGGUAGGUACUGCGGCAACCAUUUGCCCCACGGCGGCAACAUCAUCUCUUCCGGCAAUCAGCUGUACCUGUGGUUCCGCUCCGACAACUCAACGGCCGCCGCCGGCUUCGACCUUACGUGGACUUCGAUGCUGCCGCAGUGCGGUGGCCGCGUGGAGUUCGAGACUCACGGGACAUUGGCCUCCCCCGGAUCGCCGGGCAAUUAUCCGAAGAACCGAGAUUGUCAGUGGCAUCUAGUAGUGGCCAACACGAAACGAAUAAAACUGACCUUCUUCAGCCUGCAGCUGGAGCAGCACACCGACUGCAACUUCGACUAUGUGGAGAUUCAAGACGUCAUAUCCGGUGGGCAGAUAGCCAAGUACUGUUCCAGUGGACCGCCGGCUCCUCUGCUCUUGCCCACCCAUGAAGCGCGGAUCCUAUUCCACUCGGACGCAGAGGGCACUGACACCGGCUUCCAGCUGCACUACUCGGCGGAGGAGCGGAUUCCGGGAUGCGGAGGCGUUUAUACCGCCAAAGAAGGCACCAUUUUCGGACCCGACAUCCGCGCCGGGGAAUCGGCGUCCUGCGAGUACGAAAUCCACUUGGCUGUAGGUGAGGUAAUUGCGAUCUGGUUCGAGAUUCUAGAACUGGGCACCAACGAAUGCCUGGAGAUUUGGGAUGCCAACGAUGAAGGCAGCUCCUACCUGCAGGAUAAGAUUUGUGGCCCAUUGGGCGGUGAUUUUCCGGACUACACCUCUCAGUACAAUCGCCUCAGGAUCAAGUUCUUCGGUAGUUCCGGCAUGUUCAAGAUGCAAUACAGGAUGUCCUGCUACCAGUUGCUGGACAGUGCGGAAGGAACUGUAACUUCUCCGGGCUUUCCGAAUAGAACCUUCUGGACGGACCAAAUGUGCACCUUCACGGUUAAAACGUCAGUGGACACGGUGAUCACGUUGAAGCUGAUUGAUUUCGACCUGGAAGACCAAUACGAUGGUUGCAGCCUAAUGAUCAACGAUGGGAUGAACAGAAAUAUCCUGGGACCCUUCUGCGGCUCCACAAAGCCGCUGACGGAGUACAUUAGCGUCACAAACUUCCUGCAGUUCCACCUGUCCACGUCCUCAUCUACUAGCGGAAGGGGCUUCAAGUUCACGUACGUAGCUCUUCCGGCGGCCACCGGCCAUUGCGGUGGAGUGUACACAAAGCCCGGCCAGAACAUACGGCUGCAUGUGGACGGUGAAGGAAAUUAUGACACGGACGCCCUUUGCUACUGGGUGAUUGCAGCGCCCGCAAACAAGGUGAUCCGAUUGCACUGGCUGAGCUUUAGCUUAGAGGCCACCUCGGACUGCAGUAAUGACUACGUGGAGGUGUAUGAUAGCCUCGAUGUUAAGAGUGUCAACUACCUCAGCAAGUACUGCGACCACCAUCUGCCGGAAGACUUGCUCACCCACUCCCGCCACUUGGUCAUCAAAUUCGUUUCGGAUUACAGUGACUCCGAAGGCGGCUUCGAGCUGGCUUAUACUUUCGAGGAUCGUCCUGAAUGCGGUGGUCACGUGCACUCCUCCAGUGGGGAAAUUACUUCCCCGGGAUAUCCGGCGAACUACUCCAAUGGCCUGCACUGUGACUGGCAUCUGACCGGAGGCGUGGACAACAGGAUGGAAAUUCAGAUAGAAUCAUUCGACUUAGAGAUGUCCGUCAAUUGCUCGGCGGAUUACCUGGAGGUGCGGAACGGCGGCUCACCGGACUCGAUUUUAAUUGGACGCUUCUGCGGCAAUACUAUUCCCACCCGGCUCCCCGGAUUCACCAGCGAGAUGAGAGUGCUCUUCCACACCGACGUGGCUAGGAGCGGACGCGGUUUCAGGCUAAGGUGGCGACUGUUGAACACCGGAUGCGGAGGCCGUUUAAAGGCCAACAGGGGCGUCAUCACUUCGCCACGUUACCCGAAUCCCUACCCCCACCUGGCGAACUGUGAGUGGCGAAUAACCGUACACCCCGGAUCCGAGAUCGCACUGCUCAUAGAGGACUUCGAGCUGGAACCCUGGAACAAUUGCUACUACGACAGCUUAAAGAUCUACGAAGGUCAAAAGACAGUUGGCCAGGAGCCAAAAAUUAAGGUGUGCAUGGACAAGUCGGACGGCGAACAACUCAUCAGGAUUCACGACCAGGAGGCAACCAUAGUCUUUAACUCCGAUGUCAGCAACGCCUUCCGCGGAUUCCGGAUCUCCUAUGAGGCAAGUUGCGGGGUCACCUUAAGCAAGACCUACGGAACCAUCGAGAGCCUUAACUACAUGGAGCCCUUCGAGGACUCCAUUCCGAUCAACUGCACCUGGACCAUCAAGGCGCCCCGCGGCAACCACAUUCGCCUAGAGGUCUCCCACCUGGAAACGCACGAGGAGCACAUACCCAAUGGCCUGCCAGGCGGCCUGUACAUCCUCGACGGCAACCGGACUCUGCAAUUAACAUCCCUUGCCUCUCUUAAUUCCAGCGGCGACACUCUGACCGUGGUCCACAAUUCAAGCAAUCUGAACUUCCAACUGGACUACCACAUCGACGGCUGCCAGCAGGAGCUGCGCGGCGAAAGUGGCUCCUUCCAUAGCCCCAACAACCCGGGCAUGUACCCCAACAACCUGGAGUGCUACUGGCUCAUCGACGUUGGCAGUGAAAUGGGCAGUGUUGUCGAGGUUACCAUCUACCAACUAGAUCUCGAGGAGAGUGCCAACUGCACCAAGGAUGCGAUAACGUUCUCCAACCACGCCGACGCGGUGCAGGCCCAUGAUCGCCAUUGCGGAUCGACAUCUAAACUGGUCUUUACCAGUUCUGGCCACCGGCUGCACGUGCGCUUCAUCUCGGACGGAUCCCAUAACGGUCAAGGGUUCGCAGCAACCUACCGUGCCGUGAAAUCGACUUGUGGGGGAAAAAUAAGCUCCCGAAACGGGGUCAUCCAGUCACCCAACUACCCGGGCGCGUAUCCGGUGAACAGCCACUGCGAGUGGCAGGUGGAGGUGUCGCCAUAUCACCGGAUCGUAUUCGAUGUGCAGGACCUGCAGCUGGAGGUGGCAGCGACCUGCAACUGGGACUACCUGGAGGCCUACGACUUGGGCGAAGACGAGCUGGAGGGUCGGCGACUCUUCCGCGUAUGUGGCGAGGAUAGUGACAGCAGCGUUCCCGUAAUGAGUGCCAGCAACCUGGCCUUGGUGCGCUUCGUCAGCGAUAAUUCCGUUUCCAGCGCGGGCUUCCGGCUGCACUUCCACGAGUCCUGUGGCCAGCAGAUCAGCAUCGACGAGUCGGACUUUGACUACAUUGAGCUGUCGCGGCAGGCGCCGCGGAACGAGAGCUGUGUGUGGGUCAUCCAGGCCCAGGAGGCCACAAAGCACAUCAUCCUGACGACGACGCAUAUAAAUCUGCGGGAGAUCGCAGAUUCCCAGUAUCCCACCGAGGGCGAUUGCAUGCCCGCGGGCGUGAAAAUCUACGAGGGUACCGAGGCCACCGGCACUCCUCUGCUCUCCUUCUGCCGCUCCCAUCCGCCGGCGAUUAUCUCGAACGGCCAUGCCUUGACGAUCAGCGUGCCGCUGAUGCUAGUGGAGGAGUUUGAGGCACACUACAUGACCAUGGAUCAGGCCUGCGGCAGCGUGUACAACGCUCUGUCCGGGCGGUUCACCACGCCCUACUACCCGUCCUCAUACCCGGCAAACAUGGAGUGCACCUGGCAACUGAUAGCGAAUGCCGGAAACUCGCUCAGCCUCACCCUGGAGUCGAUGGACCUGGAGGACUCUGAGGGCUGCAACCGGGAUUACCUGGAGGUGCGGGAGAAGGACCCAGAAGGCGCCCUCAUCGGUGUCUACUGCGGAAAUACAGUGCCUCCGGUAAUCCGCUCCAGGGGAACCAUCUGGAUGAAGUUCAAGAGCGACGACGACAACGUGGGCGAAGGCUUUAUGGCAUCCUACAAUUACGAACACCACAACGAACUGAAUGGAACCGAAGGCGCUGUGGAGUCGCCCCAUUAUCCCAGCAAGUUCAAGAGCUCCGAGCCAUACAGCUGGAGGAUCACCGUGGACAAGGACUACGUGGUGGUAAUCUCAAUGCAGCAUCUGCGAGAUCUGGACCAGGCGCAUCUGCGCUUCUACGAUGGCUACUCGGAUAUUGGCUCCCAGAUCCCACUGGUCGACUUGGAGGAGCCCAUCCAGUCCAGCAGCAACGUCUUAUACUUCACGGCCAGACGCGGACCCUUCCGGCUCACUUGGCAGCGGCUGUCCAAGGAGGAGCUGCGCUCCAACCGCACCCUGAUCGAGCAGAACCAGAAGUGCGGAAACCAGCUCAUCAAAGUGGGCAGGGCCAUUCUGCUUUUCAAAUCCCCAGGAUAUCCGGACGGCUACGAAGCCAAUUUGCAGUGCGCCUGGAACCUAGUGCCCUGGAGCCCGGCCGUGCACGUGAUGCUCACGCUGGACACGGUGGAUAUGGAGAAGUUCGGCGACGACUGCAUCGCCGACUACCUGCGCAUCUCCAGCAGCAGCGACCUGCAGAACUGGUCAGAGCCGAAGAAGAUCUGCGAAUUGCCGAGUGAUGCCCCGUCGCGGACCUUCCACGGGACACCCUACCUGCGGCUGGAGUUCAUUACGGACGCAAGCGUUAACCAGACAGGCUUCAAAAGCUUGCUGCGCACAGCGUGCGGCUCGGAGAUCUUCGUAACUGGAACGAUGCUACUGAAUGUUACGGAAGUGCUGAAUAUUGGUCCGAGCGUCCAGCAGGACUGCAUCUGGACGCUGAAAGUGCGCCAGGGGCGCCACAUAAGAUUGGAGUUCCCGGAAGUCGUACUCAGGAACAGCAACAGCCCCGCGGACUCUACCGGCUGCGAUAACUUCCUGGUCCUGCGCAACGGCGGCGCUGGCGACUCACCCUUCCUGGGCAGAGGCAAGUACUGCGAGGACAACAUCUCGGACGCACUGGAAACCUCCUCCAACACGGCCUACGUAAAGUUCCACCACAAGAGGGGCCCGAUCCGCUCGCAGGUGACGAUCCGCGUAAUGGAAGUGGGCCAAGCCUGCUCCCGGCGCAUCCAGCUGACAUCCGCCAAAGACUCGGAGGUGAUCAGCUCGCCCCUCUACCCGAAUCUCCCCAACCCGCACUCGGAGUGCGUGUGGGUUGUGACAGCUCCGCCCGAACACCGGAUCAUGCUGCACUUUGAGGACCGGUUUGACUUGGAGGACCUCUCGAAGGACUCUGGCGAGUGCCAACGGGAGUUCGUCCAAGUCUUCGACGGCGGCACGGAGCUCAAGCCGGAGGUGGGUCGCUACUGCGGCAAUCGCAAGCCCGACACCAUCUAUUCCAAAGCCAGCCAGAUGAGGAUUCGCUACUUUACGGACGUGGCCGAGCCACACGCCGGGUUCAAGGCCACCGUGAAGUUGGCCAGCUGCGGCGGCUCCUUCUACAGCUCCGAGGGCGUAAUUUCUUCGCCCUCGCGAGAGCUUCUGCUGUCGCACAUGGAGGACGGGAGCUCUAUCCGGGAGUGCGUCUACACCAUCGAGAUGGAAAAGGGAACAACCAUUGAUUUGGAAACGACGAGCCUCUUCCUGCCCAGCGCAGAGAAUGGCAACUGCUCGCAGCACACCCACAUCCUACUGGAGGAGAUGGAGCCGUACGGGGAGGAGGGUUUGGAUCGCGUCUCCGACCAGCUCUACAUAUGCGGCUCGGACAACCGUCACCUCCUCGUGGAGACCAACAAGGUAGUGAUACGCUACCGGAUGGUGGAUGGAGUGCCGCCCGAGUCCUACGUCUUCAGCUGGGUCUACAAAGCGGUGGGCUCGCGCUGUGGCGAGACCAUCCAUGCCGUCCAAGGCGUGCUCCAGACCCCCGGAUACCCGGACGGUGUUACUAAGCCGGUGCACUGCAUCUGGAAACUGGAGGUGCCCAAGGGGCGCCGCGUUAAGCUGGAAAUCCUGGACUUUAGCAUUCAACUGGAGCCUCCUUCCACCAGUAGGUCCACCUUCCGCGGCCGACUCACCGUCGCCAACGAUCACAGGAUGAUCUCCAUUCUGGGCAGGUACACCGACAGUGCGCCCGCGACGGUCAUCUCCACUGACAACACCAUGGGCGUCGAAGCCUUCCUGAUGCCCAUCUCCCGGCAUCGGGGCAUCAAGCUUCGUUUCAGCGCCUACGGACUGACCCAGUGCCGGCGCUUCGUCUUCGAAGUUGGGGACGUGAGCAGGGAGAUCGCCUUCCAGAGGACCAAUGUCACCCAGGCGGUGCACUGCAGCUACGACUUGACCCCGCCGGUCAACACAACCGCCCUGAUACAGGUCAAGGCGUACAACAGCAGCUCUACCAUGAUGCUUAGCUCCAGGCUCUGCUCCCUGAUAUCGCCCCUGAAGCUGAAGCGCCAGGACCAGUCGGAGCAGCUGAUGCGCCGCAUUCUGUGCGGCUUCGAGUCCCUGAAGCCGGACCAGCCCCUGCCCACCGUGCGCCUGCCCUUCCCCAUCCAGCUGACGGUAACGGCGAGCGUUCGCAACGCCCUGACGAACCUGGUCCUGGGAUACAGCUUGCAAGCCUGUGGUGGCAUGAUCGUCUUGGAGCCGGGUGACAGCAUGGUGGUGCGACAGCCCAGUAACAUGGCCGGCACCCAGGGUGCCAUUGACUGCGCCUGGGCCAUCGGUCCGGGCGUCUCGACCGCCGGAGAGGACGGCGAGCUGGCGCUACAAGACAUCCAGUUGGAGGUUUCGGUGGAGCUGAACCUUCCCAGCCCCGCUCCUGCUGCAGGUUCAACCCUGGCGCCCUGCCAAAAUCACUAUCUGAACGUCUACAGUGGUCCCGACCAGAACUCGCCCUCACUGGGACUGUUCUGCAACAAGAUUUCCGUGACGAACCUGGUGGUGGAGCGCGGUCUCUUCCUGGAGUACCACGCGGAGAGCUUCUCGCCCAAUGCCACCUUCAACGUUUCGAUCAAAUACGGAUCCGGAUGCGGCGGCAAGCUUCAGUAUCCGUACCGAUCCAUCGACUUCGGGGAGCAGUACAAGAACAACAUGGAGUGUGUCUGGGAAGUGGAAGCAGAGCCGGGCUACCACAUCGGACUCUCCUUCCAGGGUCGCUUUUUCAUCGAGGACAGCAGCGGCUGCACCAAGGACUACCUCCUGGUCCAGCAGCGGAACGAGAGCACUGCCAACUGGACCGAUAUCCAGAGGAUUUGCGGACGGGUUUCGCCGGGGCAGAUCAACACCACGAUGCCGUACAUGCGGUUGACGUUCCGCUCCGACGGGGACGUGGUCGGCGACGGAUUUCUGGCCAGGUUUGAGCGGAACUGCGGCGGAGUGCUGUACGCCGAGGAGGAGGAGCACGAGCUGGCUAGCCCGGGAUACCCCACGGGCUACGAAAAGAACCUGCACUGCAACUGGACGAUUUUGCCGCGGGACCCGCAUGCCAGCGGCGUCCUAGUGCGCUUCCUGCACUUCGAUCUGGAGAACUCACCCACAGGUUGCAUCUACGACAACGUCACGGUGACCACCAACGACGACGAUGACGGGUACAUCGAUAAAAGCAAGCAGGCCAUCAUCUGCGGAAUGAAGCUGAAGCACGAAUACCGGGCGAAGAAGUCCGUGAACCUGUUGUUCGCGACUGACAGCACCUACUCCGGCCGCGGCUUCCAGCUGAUGUACACCAGCCGGGUCUGCGGCGGCGUCAUCUCCCAGACAAGCAUCGUCCAGUCGCCCAAGCAGCACACCGACAACAGCUUCCCGCCGAACAGCGACUGCUACUGGAACCUUACGGCCCCCCCAGGCCACAAGUUCACCGUCAAGUUCGAGAAGCUGGACUUUGAGGCGCACUCGGAGUGCAUGUACGACGGCGUGGAGAUCUUUAGCGGACCGGCUCCGGUGGAGGCCGAGAGACGGGGCCGUUACUGCGGCCGCAUGACCGAUAACCUGCCCAUGAUCAGCAUACCGCGGGAGCGUGGUCUUAUCCACAGCUUCUCGGACGAACGGGAUCCGUCGCAGGGCUUCCGGGCCCUGGUCCGUGUGAUGCGGAACUGCGACGAGGUUAUAGCCCUCAACGGCUCACAGCGGUACACCUACAACAGGUUUAACACAGCCGGCGGCUAUGCCAACGAUCUCGACUGUGAGGUGAACUUCCAGGUCAACCGGGAUCAGCAUAUCAGGCUCCAGUUCAACAGCUUCCAUGUGCAGCAGUCCGCAGACUGCCAGAAGGACUUUGUCGAGCUGCGCGACGGAGCCGGUCCCUUCGCCGACCUCAUAGGGCGCUUCUGCGGCCAGGACCUGCCACCCACUCUGGUCAGCACGCGGCACACUCUCUUCCUGCGAUUCGUCACGGACGCGACGGGCAGCGACUCCGGUUUCGAGCUACAGAUCAACGCCAUACCCAGACUGUGCGGCUCUUCGGACAUAAAGCUCGAGACGACUGGACAACAAAUGGCAACACUGGCAUCCCCGCAUGUUGAGUCAUCGGACGCGAUCUCGGGGCUCUCCUGCUACUGGAAGAUUAGCAGCGACAAGCCCAUAAGCCUGCACUUCCAAGAGCUCUCGCUCCAGGUUCCGGACGCGAACGGUAGCUGUUCGGACGACUACCUGAAGGUGUACACUCGUGAGGAUGCCGAGAUGGUGAGCUCGGGCUUUAGCAGCGAACUGGUCAUCAACGGCAACCAGGACAGGCGCAACUUCAUAGACUACGCCACGGAGCACGUCUUCUGCGGCAACUCGACGCCGGACACCUACUUCUCGAACUCGAACGAGGUCUUCAUGAAGUUCCACCGGAAGAACCGGACGGACGAGCGCGCCUCCUUCCGCGUCAAUGCCAUGGUCAGCUCCAACUGCCAGUGGCAGUACACGGGCCUCCAGGGCCGCGUCCACCUGUCGGAGACCUCCGAAUGCGACGUGCUGAUCAAGGCACCGGAAAACUACACCCUCAGCCUGUACUACACGGAAUUGGUGUUCGGGGCCUACGACUGCGAGGAGGAGAACCUACAGGUCUUCGACCGGGGCAACCGAUCCCUGCAGAAGGUCUGCGCCUACGUCGACACCGGCAAGAGCCUCUUCAGCUCCACCAACGAGCUGCGGCUGCACGUCAAGACGGGCACCUAUUUGACCACUCUGGACUUGACCUACUUGGCCAGCCCAGUGGAGCAGGGACCCGGAUGCGGGGGCCAGUUCUACAACACCGAGGGCCUCUUCACCAACCCCUUCUACCCGGCCAAUAUCCGGAACAACUCUGACUGUCGUUGGGUGGUCCGGGUGCCGAGCAACAACAAGGUGCUGCUCAACUUCGACGUGUUCAAUCUGGGCAGCCGCAGCACCUGCCACACAGACUACCUGCAGAUCCUGGAGCAGGACGUGGCCGGCGGAGCGGAGAAGGAGGUGCGCCGCUUCUGCGGGGACGACAAUCCGCGAAGCUACAUCAGCAAGAAGAGCCAACUGGUGGUCCGCUUCCACAAGACCGUCAACUACGACGGCGUGGGCUGGGUGAUCCGGUUCGCCGGCGUCUACUCCAACUACAGGCCUCCCGCCUACCUCAUGGGCGGUAUGCCCUAGGCGGGAUCAUCCAUCUUGUCGAAUCAUUCCCGGGGCCUCCCCAUGGCAAUCACUUGUGUCCCUCAAACGUAUCCUUCUUCUCCAUGAUUUGUAAACGCAUUAGUAUCCUUAAAAGUCAGUUUCCUGAACAAAUCUUAAAUAAAAAGCAUUUCUUGGUAUAAACUAAUGUAUUCCUCAUCGGAAACCUUGCUGAUUAAUAGCUUAUUGAUGUUCCUAUUUAAAUAUUUUGGAAACAUAACUUUUUGAAGCCCUGUGUCCUCAUCGCUCUGGCAUCUGGAAUUUGUAUUCCCACUUAUUUAUUUGUUAGUUUUCGGUUUUUGGUCAAAACACAUUUCGAGCGGCACAUUUGAAUAGAUAUGACAGGCGCAUCGUAAACCAAAAGUUUCGGAUUGCAUAACCCGAUUCCGAUUCCGGUCCAUUGAUCUGCCAAGUCGCCACUAUUUGCACAUCGAAUCGGGGCGGAGGCUGAUGCCGAUUUGCAUUUGGAGGGCCAACAAUUGGACUGGGGCUGGGAACCACUUCCAUCAGAGCCACCUCCAGCCACGGCCUGCCCCAACACAAGGUGCUUUGACACCCAAAAGCCCAAACAAAAUACAAAACUGGCAGCAGCCAGUCGGGCGAUAAAAGCCAAUAGCUUAAGUAUGUACAGUAGACCCUGGCUAUCUAGAAUCUCCCUGCCUUGUUUUGUGGCUCAAAAGCUGUUUGGGAAAUGGAAAAAUGAUUCCAUUUCAGGCCUCUUUUGGCUUCAAUUGUACUAUUCAAUAAUGGGAAUUCGGCCUGUAGCUCCGAUAUUUGGCCAUUUAGGCGAAACUGAAACUAAAAACCGAAAAACGUGCUGGUAACGGAUCAUCAGCAAAUCGAAAGAGAUUGGGAGCGACAGAGGGUCUAGGUUUCUUCAGCUUUUUUUUUUUUGGAGGCUGCGCAUGCGCAACAGCGCGCAUUAAAUAAUUUAUACAAAAAUGCACACAAAAUUAACAAAUUUGAAAACGAUGUUGCAUGAUAUAAUAAUCCGGCUGCGGCGAUGCCGAGAUUCCGAUGCCCGCGAUGCCAAUCCACGAUCUACGAUGAUAGCGUAGUGGCUUCGUAGCGGCUUCCCAGACCCAGACCCAGACCCAGACCUAGCUUUCUGUUGCAAUACGCUUGCUUCUACACGGAGAGAAAAGUAGAGUAGAGUAGGAAAGUCAGGAAUAUAUGUACAUCAGAUGGUCUGCAUGGUGGGUUCUUCUCCCCCAGGCCCUUACAAGCCGUCAGUCUUAUUGUACAUAUAUGUAGUAUGCAGAAAGUAUAUAGCACUAUUUAUGUAAUAUCCAUAAUAAUCAUUGCUACCCAUUUUUGUCAGUGUAAUUAGUGAAGCUCCCAAAUCGAUAAUCAUAUGCAAAAAGCCGGUCAGUCGGUUUUCGAGGCUUGACCUACGACGCACCUUUCUCUGCCUCUGCCUCUGCUACCUGCCUCCACUGCCUCACCUGGCUGCUCUGCCUCUGUAAGCGGAGCAGAGCGUGGCGGCAGAGCGCAUCUGCUUAGGGCUGAGCUUUCGUUGUAAGUUGUGUUAUCUGCCUCAAGCUGUUGUUGUUUUCUAUUUGUUUGUGUUUGCCGGCAAUUUGUUAUUGUUGCUUAUGAGUUUGUUGGUCAGUUGAGGAAAUCCAUAGCUGAUUGCGGCCUACAGGGUGUUUUUUCGGGAAGUACAUGCAUAAUUGAAUAAUAAUUAUCAGAUAUCUGAAGCAAAGUGGAGGAACUAAAACAUAUUAAUCAUAUUUCGUAUAAAUAUAUUCAACACAAACCCUUAUAGUUCAACAGAAAUAAAGAAUAAAUAAUCUCUUUUUAUUUAUUCACAUAAUAUCUCACAUUUGCUAACCAUAGAUACUAGUUUUUGAAAGCAUUUCUUCUUUUAUUUAUAUAAUUUAUUAAUCUUAGCCCACAGUUAAAACUAUAAGCUUAAUCCUUGCACUUAAUCCUUAAAGUAGCGUCUGGUUUUCCAAAAACAGCUUCAGUUUUCUGAAAUUCUCUUUGGGAAUGCCAGAAAAAAGAAUUCCCAGACCAGGCACCCUGUUCGGCCCGCAGACCAUCAUCUCUCAGGUGAGUUGCAAGAGCAACGGCUACGGCUACGGCUACGGCAACGGCAGGUGUGUUGAAUCAAUUCCGUGGGCCAGCAACGGCGACGGUGUGGUGAUGGUGACGUCACGGCCUCAGCGCAUCUAACGGUUAGCGGAUCUCCGGCGGAUCUCCGAUCUGCUAUCUGCGAUCUGCUUGUAUAAAAGCCGAGGGCCAGUGUGGAGAGAGGCAUCAUUCGCUGGCCGGGAUCAGAGCGACGAGCAUCUCCCAAAGGGAACUACGAGUGGAAACCCCAAAGAACACAAAACA